UCGGUAUCCGUAGAACCAGACUAUUUAAAUACGUACUACACAACACGUGUGCGCGGUGUGAACAUAAAAGAAUGGCAGAACACAUGGAGCAGGUAACAACAAAUGGUCCCAGCAGCACCACAAAUGGUGAGACUGCACACCCAGAGACGAAGGCUGGCGACGGGGAAGAAAUGACCUCAAAAGAUUAUUACUUCGACUCAUAUGCACAUUUUGGCAUUCAUGAGGAAAUGUUGAAGGAUGAAGUUCGUACCUUAACAUACAGAAACUCCAUAUACCACAACAAACAUUUAUUCAAAGGAAAAGUUGUUCUGGAUGUUGGUUGUGGUACAGGUAUUCUUUGUAUGUUUGCUGCUAAAGCUGGAGCUGCCAAAGUUAUUGGGAUAGAAUGUUCUGGUAUUAUAGAUCAUGCUAAGAAUAUUAUAGAAGCAAACAAGCUGGAUAAAAAUAUUUACCUUGUGAAGGGUAAAGUAGAAGAGGUAGAGUUACCAGAAGGCAUUGAGAAAGUAGACAUUAUCAUCAGUGAAUGGAUGGGAUACUGUUUAUUUUAUGAAUCUAUGUUACAGACUGUUCUCUUUGCUAGAGACAAGUGGCUGGCACCAAAUGGUAUGAUAUUCCCAGACAGAGCUACACUCUACGUUACUGCGAUAGAAGAUAGACAGUAUAAAGACGAGAAAAUCAACUGGUGGGAUAAUGUAUAUGGAUUUGACAUGAGUACCAUUAGGAAAGUUGCAAUAUCUGAGCCAUUAGUGGAUGUAGUAGAUCCUAAACAGGUUGUUACUAACUCCUGUCUUAUCAAGGAGGUAGAUAUAUACACGGUACAAGAGAAGGAUCUCCAUUUUACCGCACCUUUCCAUUUGUCAUGUCGGAGAAAUGACUAUGUUCAUGCACUGGUUACCUUCUUCAACAUGGAGUUCACCAAAUGUCACAAGAGAACUGGUUUCUCUACAGCCCCAGAAGCCCCCUAUACCCAUUGGAAACAGACUGUGUUUUACUUUAAUGAGACUGACUUAACAGUAAAGAGAGGAGAGGAAAUCACUGGUACAGUCACAAUGCAACCAAACAAGAAAAAUAACAGAGAUCUGGACUUUGAAAUUGACGUUGAAUUUGAGGGGGAGUUGUCAUCUAUGAAAGAGACUUUAAAAUACAAAAUGCGCUAGUAUCAUCAUAUAGCACCACCUGUUGCCAUGGAAACAAAAUUAGUGGAGUACACAUGAUGUACUACGGCCUGACUGUGAUAUAUAAUCACCCGGAUUGAUGUAUCGUACCUCGAACCAGUCCUACCGAAGAGGCCUCCAGAAGGGGAAAUUUGGACCCUUUAUGAAAUAGACUAGAUAAAAAAAAAUUAUAUAAUCAUUACAUGUUGAAUAGUAUGUUAUUGCAUGCUACAUUUGUGUCCUCAAUAGUGUGCUUCUAUACUGUUUUUAAAAUGUAAUCAAAUGCUAAGGAUGUUUUUAAAAAUCUUUAUUGUGAUAAAGAGUUUGAAGAACAUUCUCAUUAUAAAAAAAUCAUGAGAAAAAAAUGUUAUUCUAAGUAAUAAUUAUUGGAAGUAUUUUGAAGUGUACUAAGACUUAAAGUGGGAUAGAGAAAGUUUUUAUUGAGAAUUAUAGUUAAUUGAAUUAUAUUUUUGAAUUUCAAAUUGCUGGGAGUAAGGUUAUCAAUGUUGCUGAACUGUUAUGAAUAAUGUUUUAGCCCUACAUUUUAUAUCAACAUGUAAAUUGUAAUUUAGAUCAGAAUUGAGAUUGUAGUUUUGAAAUGUUGAAAGUUUAUAUGUGUACUUUGAUAAUCUGAUGUAGACUUUAAAGUUAUUUUAUAUAAUUAGAAAAAAAAUUACUUUGGAUAAAUCAUUAUGAAAUUUACUUGCAUUUGUCCAUUAAACAUUAUGACUUGUUUAGAAAAAAAUAUUGUUGUAAUGUAUGAAAGAUUUAUUUUAAUUCUUGUUUACUUUAUUAGCAAAUUACAAUGAAAGUUAUCAAGUUGAGAAGAUUUACAAAUCAUUAUUGAACAUAAUAGUAAUGUAACUAAUUGAUAGUGAAAAAAUAAAGAGGCAUUCAUAUGUUUAACUGCUAAAUAACUUGUACAGGUAAUGUUUUAUGUUGUUAAUGUAUUUUUGUUUAUUAAUGGACACAUAGGACUUAAAUCUAGACACAAUAGAAUGUAUUCUUUUAUGUUAAUGCCUCUGAAAGCUUCAUUUUCAAUGUGUUGAAUUUUCGGACCAAAUGAAUUGUGUUUCAUGAAUAUACAUGACAUGAAUAGACUGAUAAUAAGAAGCAUUAAAGAAGCAUUUAUAAAGUCCCAACUUGUCAAUACAAGUUGGCGAGUAUGUAAGAACACAAACCAGCCAGAAGUGAAUGUAAAACAAUUACAGAAAAUGGCUGUUGUAAUAUAAUGCAAGGGAUUUUACCCAGCACUUUUCAUGAUGAAAAUCUUGAAUUAGACAAUUUUUAAUGGCUUUGGACUCAGCCAAUUGUCACGAAUGUCUUGCUACAGUAUUAGAAAAAGAAGUUGCAUUCUUAAAGCUUUUUGAUGCUUUUUUGUCAUGUUGGAUUCAAAUCAUUGUACUUUCAUUUCAUUUUCAUAAGUGGCUAUAUAAUGUUUUGCAAUGAUAUUAUUUGACCCUGUGCUAGUACCUUGAAACUUGCAUAGGUGCACUCUAGUAGUCAUGUCUGAAGCUGAAUGUACUUUAUGCUGUACAUAAGAAAUUUGAAAUAGACAAAGAAAGAAAUUACUGUUGUCAUGACAUGAAAAUAUUUUAAAAAAUUUGGAUAAGCUUAUUCUUAACCAUUUUUUCGUAUGUUUAUUUCUGGGCAGGGAUGCCUGAUAUGAAUUACACUGCUGUUCUAAAGUUGUUUCAACUAACUUUGGUUAGUUGACAAAUAUUUUAUCUUAAUAAAUUUGAGAACUUUGAGAGGUUCUUUCUAAUAUUUUUUUUGGACAAAUUUUUCGUAUCCACUUUUCUAGAUUUUUAGUCUUUCAUGCAUUGUUUCAUGUUUUUAAUCACCCCAUUGUCACUUAUUAAUUGUACAUUUUGUAAUUGUUUGCUUUUGUAGGUCAGCUGAAAUGACCUUUCAAUAAAAAUCAUGUGCAACAAAAA